AUGAUAAAUGUGUCCACCAUCAGUACUAGCUUCAUUAUUCUUGGUCUUGUCGAGAUGGAAAGACUAAAAUAUUUUUACUUUACGAUAUCUCUUGCACUGUAUCUCAUUAUCAUGCUCUUUACAUCGAUGAUUGUUUCCAUUAUUGUCACGGAACCAAGACUUCAUGAACCCAUGUACCUAUUCAUUUGCAAUCUACUUAUCAACGGGAUUUUCGGAAGUACAACACUUUUCCCGAAGCUUAUAAUCAACUUGCUUUCUGGGUCUAAAAUAGUCUCUUUAGUUGAUUGUUUAAUCCAAGCUUUUUGUGUACAUACUUUUGGUGCGGUUGAGUUACUUACUUUUACUGUCAUGGCGCAGGACAGAUAUUUAGCUGUUGGCCAACCUCUUAGAUACCCAACACUGAUGACGAAUGGAAAGGCCCUGACAUUCAUAGCUAUGAUCUGGGUUACUACAUUUAUAGGUGUCCUUGUACCUGUGAUGAUGACAGCAUGGCUUCCUCUGUGCGGCAUAAAUAUUAACAAUUUGUUUUGUGAUAAUAUGUCACUCGUCAAACUGGCUUGUGGCAACUCAUCUGUCAAUAAUAUAUUUGGAGCCGUUCAGGCGUUUCUUAUGAUUUUUAUUGCUCUCGUGAUCAUAAUUUAUUGCUACAUAAAGACAUUUUUGAUCUGUCUGAAGGUAUCUAAGGAGGCAUAUCAGAAAGCUGUCAGUACGUUGGUGACCCACCUGUAUGCCUUUUCCAGUUUUCUGAUCACAACCUUUUUUGUUCUUCUGCGUUACAGAUUGAACAGUGCUACAUUUCCUCUUUAUGGACAUAUAACGCUCUCUUUCAUCGGCCUUGUAACCCCGACUAUUGUUAACCCGCUCAUUUACGGGAUAAGGACUGAAGCCCUGAGAAGUAAAAUCAUUCAGAACUUCCGGAAACUACAUGAUCUGAGAAAACCUAAUGUGUGAUUUUAUGCUCUAAAAGAAAGUGUUCUAGACAGUAUAAUCUUUAAUUUACAUCAAUUUCCAGUUUACCACAAGAAUUAGACUGAGAUUUGUUUUACAUGUUAAAUACACUGCCGUUUAGGGUCCCUUAGAAAUCU